AUUAUUUAGCCAGUAAUUAUAAUUCAUGAAGUGUCAUUUUACCUCCAGUACUGCUGCUUUCAACACAGUAGCUGCUUUUAACAGAGUAGCUGCUUUCAACACAGUAGCUGCUUUCAACACAGUAGCUGCUUUCAACACAGUAGCUGCUUUCUACACAGUAGCUGCUUUCUACACAGUAGCUGCUUUCAACACAGUAGCUGCUUUCAACACAGUAGCUGCUUUUAACACAGUAGCUGCUUUCAACACAGUCAUAUGACUUAUUAAAGGCACACCUCCAUACAAGAUGUAUUAUUUCUAUCACAAAACUACACAGCGCCUGGCUCCUGUUCAUACCUCCCACAAACCGAUGUGUUUUUACCAUGGCAGCAGUGAGUUUUUUCCCCACCAAUCAUAGUUGACAUAUACCAUUCACUUAUUUCCUUUGGGACACAAUCUGUGCGCUUUUAUCCAGACCGUGCUUUCAACACAGUAGCUGCUUUCAACAGAGUAGCUGCUUUCAACACAGCACCUGCUUUCUACACAGUAGCUGCUCUUUACACA